AUGAGAGUGUUUACAGGUAAACCAGGAUUCAAGGCAAUGAGGACAGCGGACUCUGAGCCAUCUCCGGCGACAUUGGGCCACAGGCAGCAGAUGCAGACUAUUAAGUCGAAAAUGGAAGGAAAAGGGUGUAGAAGCAAGGGAAGGGGAAAUUGCAUAGAGUCAAGGUGGGCAAGAAGCAUCGAACUGUUGGAGGGACUUCUGAGGAGCGCCGGCUGGACAGCCACGCAAGGCGAUAGGUUCAGCUUUUGCCAUGAGACCUAUCCUGUUAUUCCCCUUAUGGGGAUAACUGAAAAGAAAGAAGAGUGGCAUUCAAGGAUGUUAGAAAUAAUGCUUGUCACAAGUCCUAGGAAUAUAUUCUCUCCCAACCCUGCGAGUCUGUCACCACUGGCAGAACACGGCUCCGCGAACUGCCUUACACCAGCCCAGAAUGGACAUGGAUGUCAGGGCAUCGCCAAGGGGAAAGCAAGGCUGAAAAGGGGGAAACAAAGGCACAGGUCCGGAAACGAUGACAUCAUCAUUACGUCAUCGUACUCUGCGGUUUACCUCAUCCGGUUUGGCGCGACCGACACCAAAGCUUUUCACACUUUGAUAUAUUGA